UUCGUACAGGCAGUCAAGCCUGCGCGUCUUCCCCCGGGGAAAGACGAAACGAGAGAAAUAUUGUACUGCGCUUCUCGCCUUGAGGACGAGGACAGUGGAGAGCAGGAUAAAUAUGUGACCGGUCCCCAGCGCACGAAAUCAAGAAAUCGCCUACUCCCGAGCAAGCAGCUUACGGCGAGAGAGGAGAGAGCGAGGGACGGGGGGGGGGGGGGGGGGAUGCAUCUCUACAACGCAUGGCUUCCGCCGCCGGUGGCGGAGGAGACGAAGAGGGAGGCGGAGUCGUUCGCCGCCGUGGUGAGAUCCGUGAAGGAUUCGUGGCGGCCGGAUGAUCCUGACUCCAUCUACUCCACCCUCGAGUGGAUCUCCAUCAUCGGCCUUUUCUUAAAAGCAAAAAGUGAAGUUUCUCCGGCAGAUGUAAAGGAGAUUGUGGAGUUUGGUUUGCAGGUGUUUCAUGCAUCAGAGAACAAGCUUUAUGCUCAGGUUAGAUGGGGAAAUAUCUUAGUCAAGCUGCUGAAGAACCAUGGAAAGAAAUUAACGAAGUCAAUGAGCAUUCAGUGGAGACCUUUCUACGACACUUUGAUGCACACACACUUUAAACGAAAUACAGGCCCUGAGGGAUGGAGAUUGAGGCAGCGGCAUUUUGAAACUGUCACACGUCUUAUCCAAUCCUGCCGGAUGUUCUUUCCUGCAGGUUCUGCUUCUGAAAUAUGGUCAGAGUUCAGCGCUUUAAUGGAAAAUCCAUGGCAUAAUUCAGCCUGAGGUGCUGGAUUUGUGAGACUCUUUCUACCCAUGAACUUGGAGAAUCGGAACUACUUUACAAGCAUUUGGCUUAAGCAGUGUCUUGAUCUCUGGGAUUCUGUACCAAAUUGCCAAUUUUGGGAUAUUCAGUGGGCUUCUGUCAUUGCGCGUUGUACAAAGAGUUGCAAGUCAAUUGAUUGGGAAGGUUUUUUGCCAGCACUUUUUACACGAUUCUUAAACAUGUUUGAGGUUCCUGUUUCAAAUGGGAAUGGAUCAUAUGCCUUCCCUUUAGUGGUCCCUAGGAAUACGUGGUUCUUGUUUCCCAGCAAGACAGGCACACCUGCUGAGGCUAUAGCAAAGUCAAUUGUGCAUCUCUUAAAGCCUGGUAGUUUGGCUCAAGAGUACUUCGAGAGAUUGGCAAAAUUAUUAGAACAAUAUUACCAUCCUUCUAAUGGAGGUCGCUGGACAUACUCAUUGGAGCGUUUCUUGCGGCACUUGGUGAUUAGCUUCCAAAAGCGCCUUAAGGAUGAGCAGCUUAAGACAGGAGAAAGGAAACAGGUUGAUUCAUGUUUGGGAAAUCUAGAAAGGGCUGCUUUUGUCAAAGUGACACUGAAAUUAAUUGAUCGUGGUCAGUAUAGCAAAAAUGAAUCCCUUGCCAAAACAGUUGCUGUAGCAACUUCAAUUUUGUCAUAUGUGGAGCCCUCUUUGGUCCUUCCAUUUAUUGCAUCCAGAUUUCAAUUGGCCUUAGAGACUAUGACAGCUACUCACCAGCUGAAAACUGCUGUCACAUCAGUGGCAUUUGCUGGCCGUUCACUUUUUCUUGCUUCUGUUUCUGCUCCCCCUCAAACUGAUGACCGGGAUACUGCUGAUGCUUACAUGGAUCUUAUAGUCGUAUCUCUUUCUAAUGCAUUGCUUGGUAUGGAUGCUAAUGAUCCACCAAAGACCUUAGCAACCAUGCAAUUAAUUGGUUCUAUUUUUUCCAACCUAGCUAUGGUGGGUGGUAGUGAUGAUGGGCCUGCAUUCCUGCAAACCAUCAGUUUAUCAGAAUGGCUAGAUGAGUUCUUUUGUCGCUUAUUUUCUCUGCUUCAACAUUUGGAAACAAGUAAUGUCGUGAAUGAGGGUAUCCAGACAUCAUUAACAUCAGGAACGUUUCUUGUUGCUGACAAUUCAUUCUAUUUCUUCAUGCUGGAAAUCCUGCUUGGGAAAUUGUCUGCACCUUUGUUUAAUCAGUCACUAAAGAAAAUUUCCAAGUUUGUCAACACAAACAUCCUUCCUGGAGCUACAGUAGAGAUUGGGCUUCUUUGUUGUGCCUGUGUUCAUUCUAAUCCAGAAGAGGCAGGAAUCCACCUUAUUAAACCAAUCCUAAUGGCUAUAACCACCUCAUUAAGAGAAAUACCGGUUUCAGGUUUUGGUGGAGGAUCUUCUGGUACAUCAUCUUCUACCAAGGCUACACUUUCACCAGCCCUGGAAACAGCAGUUGAGUACCUUCUAAAAGUUUUGGCAAUAGCCAUUAGUUAUGGGGGUCCUGUGUUGCUUCAUUACAAGGAUGAACUGAAAGAAGCAAUUGCAUCAGCAUUUCAGGCCCCGUCAUGGAAGGUCAAUGGAGCUGGUGAUCAUGUCCUUCGCUCUCUCCUUGGAAGCCUGGUCCUCUUUUACCCCAUCAACCAGCACAAGCCUUUCUCUUGUCAGCCUGUUUCUUCUGUUUUGGAAGACUGGGUUUGCUCCAAAGAUUAUGAAAAUGAAAUAAAAAAGAAGCUCAAUUAUCUCCCCGAGUGGCACAUUCCUAGUCAAGAUGAACUCUCUUUUGCAAAUGAGCUUUUAGAUCUUCAUUUUCAAUCUGCUUUGGAUGAUCUUCUCAGAAUAUGUCAGACGAAAAUGCAUUCUGAGGCAGGCGAUGAGAAGGAACACCUGAAGGUGACUUUGUUGCGUGUUUACUCUUCAUUGAAAGGCGUGAUGUCAUGCUUGCCUGAUAUGCGUCCAUCAUAUUGGAACAAGGGCACUGAAGAUAUGAAUCAUAGUGACUUUUUAAUAUCGGGAGCAAUUGGCUUGUCUGUUGGUAGCUCAGAAAUGAGGGAAAGAGCUGCUCAUCAUAUACAUGUAGCUUGCAAAUAUUUACUGAAAGAAAGAACAGAUGAUAGCAUACUUCUAAUACUUACCAUUCAUGUUAUGGAUGCUUUAGCAAAUUUUGGAAGCUUGGAAUAUAAAGAAUGGUCAAAUCACAUUCAGGCAUGGAAGUUGGAAUCUGCUGCUUUAAUUGAGCCUCCUUGUAAUUUUAUUGUGUUUUCUCAUGCCCAAGGAAAGAAAAGGCCCAGGUGGGCACUUAUUGACAAGGCAUACAUGCUUAAUACAUGGAGAUCUUCACAAUCGUCGUAUCAUAAAUUUCGUACAGAUAGCAACAUCUCUCCUUCAGAGCACGUGAUUGUUCUUAUGGAGGAUCUUCUAGAUCUCUCUUUGCACAACUAUGAAACAGUUCGCUCGCUUGCUGGAAGAUCUCUUUCAAAGUUGCUCAAACGCUGGCCGGUAUUGAUUGCUAAGUGUGUUCUCACCCUAAGUGGGAACUUGCGCAAUCCAAAAACACAAGAACAUGCAGUACUAGGCUCUUGCACCAUACUUGCAACACAAACUGUUCUCCAUCAUUUGACAACAGAUGCAGUUGCAUUCUCUUCAUUUAUCAUGGGUCUUUUAACAAGCUUUCAUCAUGAAUCACUGAAAGCUCAGAAAGCUAUUACUAAGCUGUUUGUUGAAUACAACAUCCACUUUUCUGGGAUACCAAGGAGUUUGUUCAAGACUUCAAAUGGCCAACUGGACAACCCAGAAUUUGCAGAUAUGUUUUCUCAUAUCAGUUCCUUGAGCUUCAACACAACUGGCUUGCACUGGAGGUAUAAUUUGAUGGCUAACAGAGUACUACUUUUGUUAACUUUGGCUUCUAGAAGUGAUUUACAAUUAUCUACCAAGAUUCUUGGGGAAACUGCAGGACAUUUUUUAAGAAAUUUGAAAAGUCAAUUCCCUCAGUCGAGAAUGCUGGCAAUCUCUGCUCUGAACACUCUAUUACAGGGAGCAACACAUAAAAUCUCCAGUCAGGAACAGCAAAUUUGCUAUGAUGAUCUCAAAGAAAAUAAAGACUCAUCUGUUGGACAAAUUCUGAAUCAGAUAUUAAGGGAGGAGGGAUUCUUCAAUGAGACUCUAAACAGUCUCUCCCAUGUCCACAUAAUUGCUGAGAGUGAGAGUUCAGCUUCUAAAGGUGAUCGAGGAGCGUCAUCCUUUCUGAGCCCGGCUGCUAAAGAAAUUACUUUUUUCUAUUUUGACUUCGUAGCGUCAUGGCCACGUACCCCUAGAUGGAAAUUUCUAGUGGGAGGAAACACAUUUUACUCCAACUUUACAAGGAUUUUUAAGCGUCUCAUACAGGAAUGUGGAACACCAGUUCUAGUUGCUCUACAGGACAUACUCAAGGAAUUUUCUAGUGCGAAAGAGAGAUCAAAGCAAUGUGUGGCCGCUGAAGUCAUGGCUGGCAUGCUUCAUUCUGAUAUAAAUGGCCUGCUGGAAGCCUGGGACAAUUGGAUGAUGCUUCAGCUUCAGGAGAUCAUUGUAACACCAUCAGUGGAGUCAAUUCCUGAGUGGGCAGCUUGCAUACGAUAUGCAGUUACAGGAAAAGGAAAAUAUGGCACGCAAAUUCCUCUUCUGAGGCAAAGAAUUUUAGAAUGCUUGGCAAGACCUUUGCCUGAAACCAUGGCAAGCAAUGUGGUGGCCAAGAGGUAUUCUUUCCUUUCAGUUGCACUCAUUGAAAUCUCUCCGCCUAGAAUGCCUAUUGCAGAGGUUCAAUACCAUGAUAAGCUUCUGGAAGAGUUGUUGGAUAAAAUGAGUCAUCCAUCUGCCCAAGUUAGAGAAUCUAUUGCCGUGACACUUGCUGUUGUAUGUUCUAACAAGCGGCUUUUUGCAACACCGGGACAUAGAUGUUUACGAGAGGCAGAAGGGGGCAUUAACGUGGUUGAGUCACCUCACAAGGAAAAUUGGGCUAAGUUUCUAACAGAGAGAGCUUCUGAAUUAGCUAGAAAUAUACAAAGUGCCAAGCAAUAUGACAAUAUAGAUUCAAUGGUAGAUUUGAUUCAUAAAAAUGGCUUCACAAGUUCAGAGGCUGAAACAGAUGUUAAGAGGAUGGAAACGAUGUUCCAUUUCAUAAUAUCAUCUUUGAAAUCUGGAAGAUCUUCUGUUUUGUUGGACAUAGUUGUUGGACUCAUUUAUCCUGUUAUUUCGUUGCAGGAAACGUCAAAUAAAGACCUGUCAACGUUAGCUAAGGCUGCUUUUAGAUUACUAAAAUGGAGGAUAUUACCUCGGCCCUUUUUAGAAAAUGCUGUCUCAGUGAUCCUUUCUUCAGUCAAUGAUCCUAAUUGGCGAACCAGAUCUGCAGCUCUCACAUAUCUUCAUACCUUUAUGUACAGGCACACAUUCACUCUCUCAGCUUCCGAGAAAUUACAAAUCUGGAAAAGUAUCAAGAAGCUACUUGUUGACAGCCAAGUUGAGGUUAGGGAGCAUGCUGCUAGGGUUCUUGCAAGCUUAAUGAAGGGUGGAGAUGAAGAUUUGUCAAGGACUUUCCGUGACCAAUCAUAUGCAGAAGCACAAUCAAUCCUCAGGAAACGAAAGCAAAGAAGUUUGGCUUCUGGUCAAUCUGUAGCUUCUACACAUGGAGCUGUCCUUUCUUUGGUUGCUUCAGUUCUUUCUGUUCCUUAUGACAUGCCCAGCUGGCUUCCGGAUCAUGUAACGUUGCUUGCUGAGUUCAUUGGGGAGCCUUCACCAGUCAAAUCUACGGUUACAAAAGCAGUUGCAGAGUUCCGCCGUACUCAUGCCGAUACUUGGAGCAUCCAGAAGGAUGCUUUUACUGAAGAGCAACUGGAGGUUCUCUCUGGCACAUCGUGUUCUUCUUCAUACUUCGCUUAAUUUUAUUGUACCUGGUAAACAUUACGUUACAAAUUGUUAUUAAAGGGAAAAGAGAGCAUCAAUAUUCAUUACAGACUAAAGCUUUCUGUUGUAAUACUCUCUUACAGAUUAGAGUUCCUGUACCAAUAAUUCAUUUCAAUUAAGUGAUCUUGAGUUCCGCCA